AUGUCUUGUUUAAAGAGCAUUCCUCCUCCUUUUUUAUUCUUCCUUUUCCUUUUUUUUCAUUCUCUCUCUCCCUUAUUCAUGCCUUUCUAUCAGACUCCCUUAAUCCUAUCCUUGGUUUUCUUUAUCCAUCUACUCUCUCUCUCUCUCUACAUUUUUUUUUUGUUCCCAACACUCUCUGAUUCUCCAUUUCUCAUUCCAGCCUUUCUUCUUCAGAUUAUCUCUCAGUCUCUCUUGUGUCCUGAACUUUCUCUUUGUCAAACUCUCUCUCUUUCUCUUUCCUCCUUUUCAUCUUCUCCAGAAUCUCUUUUUCUCUACCUUUCUCCACCCACCAGCAAACUCUCCAGCUCUCAUUCCCGUAGUAGUUCUUCUCUAGAUUCUGCCUUUCUCUCUCUCUCUUUUUUCUUGUUCCCAGUUCAUCUCUCCUUCUCUUUCCAGUUAAUCUCUUUUUCUUUUCUGACUCAUUUCAUUCUUUGUACUUUUCUUUUUACCCCUCCCCCAUUAUUAAAAAAAAGUUUCUCCUUUCUGUUUGUUUUUAUUGAUCUCUCUUUCCUCUCACCCCUUCCAACCAACCAAUCUACACUGGAAGUAUUUCUUCUUAUCCCCUUUCUAGUUGGACCAUCAUCUGCUCCCCCCACCCUGGGGACCAGAGCUAAUAGCUCACCACAGGCCAAGAAAUUCCUAAUGUCUGACACAGUAGCAGAAGAUGGGAAGAGGAAGUGUGGUUGUUGUCCUGCAUACCUUUCAAUUGCUCUGCUGCUUAAUUACAGUCCAAUCUCUGAAACCUUUUCCUAUUUGAAACUAACCAGUUCAUUACCAAACUCAUCAAAGCCAGAACCCACAUGUGCACACCCGCAAACGCCAAGAAGGCUCCCAAAGAUAGGGAACGACAUUACACCUUUUCCAACCCAUAUCCAAGGUUUAUUUUUCCUUCCCUGA